AUGGCAACGCCAACCACCAUUGAUGUUUCUCACUUCCACCAUACUCCUUUUUAUUGUGAGGAGAAUGUCUACUUGCUUUGCAAGAAGUUGUGCAAUGAUGGAAUAUCAAAUUCCGAAGGAUCUGAUCUUUUUGUGCUUUUCAUCUCCAAUGAAAAGAAGCAGAUCCCACUUUGGAAUCAAAAAGCUAGCAACAGAGCAGAUGGGGCUGUUCUCUGGGAUUACCAUGUCAUUUGCAUUCAGAUUAAUCAAGCAGGUGACAAACCACUAGUUUGGGACUUAGAUUCAAAGCUUCCUUUUCCCUCACCUCUAGCUUCAUAUGUGUCUGAAACUAUUCGCCCUUCCUUUCAACUUUUUUCUGAUUAUGAUAGAUUAUUCAGAAUUGUGCAUGCUCCAAUCUUCCUUAGUUGUUUUGCAUCUGAUAGAAGACACAUGAAAGGUUCUGAUGGACACUGGAUUGAAGAGCCUCCUACACAUGAACCCAUAGUUGCUCAAGAUGGAGCCGAGCACAACCUGAAUGAAUACUUUAACAUAUCCGGUUCAGAUGCCAUCGCAGAUAUUAAAACCAGUUCAGUCAAAGAUGCAGUAUUCACCCAGAAACACGGUAUCGUGAUAAAGAAAAAUCAGCUUGAAGAAUUAUUUUCUCAUAUAUCUUUACAAUAG